AUGCUGAACGAAGUACUCUAUUAAUAAGUGGAAGCUAGCAAACUCUCUCUCCUUGAAACUUGUAUAUUCGAAUCUAAAAGAUUUUUUAUAUACAACAAUGGCAUCAAAAACAAGAGAAAGUGCAACAAGGUAUGCAGUGGUGACAGGAGCAAACAAAGGAAUAGGAUUUGGGAUAUGUAAGCAAUUGGCUUCUGAUGGGAUCACAGUGAUCUUAACAGCAAGAGAUGAAAAAAGUGGUCAUGAAGCUCUUCAGAAUCUCAAAGAUUUAGGUUUAUCUGGCCAUAUUCUUUUUCAUCAGCUUGAUGUCACUGAUGCUAACAGCAUAGCAUCCCUUGUAAAUUUCAUCAAAAUCCACUUCGGAAAACUUGAUAUCCUGGUGAAUAAUGCAGGAAUCUUCGGUGCCGAUGUUGACUACAGUGCUUUCGAAGUCUUACUUAGUGGUGUGGAGACUCAUGAUACUAUUGAUUGGAGAAAAUAUGAAACUCAAAAUUAUGAAUUAGUAGAAGCAGCCAUUAGAACAAACUACUAUGGAGUCAAAGGAAUGUGUGAAGCACUUAUUCCCCUUCUAGAGUUGUCAGACUCGCCAAGAAUCGUUGGUGUUUCCUCUUCCUUAGGGAAGUUGGAGAACCUACCAAAUGGAUGGGCUAAAGAAAUUCUAAGUGAUGCUGAAAGCUUAACAGAAGAAAAAGUAGAUGAAGUUAUGAAUGAAUAUCUAAAGGAUUUUGAAGAGGGUUUAUUAGAAAGCAAAGAAUGUUGGCCUCUAGCACAUUCUGCAUACAUAGUCUCAAAAGCUGGUGUGAAUGCAUACACAAGGAUUCUUGCAAAGAAGCAUCCAUGUUUUUGCAUCAAUGCUGUUUGUCCUGGCUAUGUCAAAACUGAUAUCAACUACAAUACUGGUCUUCUUAGUGUUGAUGAAGGUGCUCAAAGUGCUGUUAGGUUGGCUCUCCUACCCAACGGAGGUCCUUCUGGUCUUUUCUUCUUUAGAAGUGAAGUUGAUCCAUUUUGAUCAAGUUAAUAUUUGUAUAAACUUAAUUAGUUGGAUUAGAAAUUUACAUUCCAUAAUAGUAAUUUAUGGAGCAAUGUAAUAAAUGUAGGGCUACUUUAGGCUAAUCCUAUAUUUUAGACAAUAUUAAAACUUUU